UUUGUUUUCUCUCUCUUCCUCACCCUCUCUCAAUGCUACCAUUCUUAUUUUUAUCAGGUCACCAUUAAUCCCCCCUAUCUUCAUUCCUCUCAUUUUCCAGUGUAUUUAAUCUGUGCUUAUCUUAAAAUUUGAUGGAAUGACUUAAUCUAUUAAUUUGUUUUUCUAGAAGUGCUAUUUCCGCUAUUAUGUAUGGAAUGGAAAGCAAGCUUUACUAUGCGCAAUAUGACUUUCAUAAUUACAUGUAUAUUCUUUCCGAAUUACGGCCUAUGCUUUUAAAUCUCAGUUUAAAGAACCUGGACAAACAAUCAUGGUUUAAUGCGUUCACUGCUCAGGUGUAUUGUUCACAUAGCUUGAUGCACAUGCUGAUAAUUCUAAUUUAAUAUCUUUGCCUUUUAACUUUUGGGGUGGGGGUGGUUCACUUUUUCUUGUCUUCUGAUGAUAACAUUUGUGGCUUCUAAUGCAUUAGUGGUUUCGUUUAUUACAUAUAUUCAUUCAUUGAAAGUCCGCAAGUGUCUAGUAAAGAGUGGGGGUAAUAUUGAAAGCUGGUCAAAAUCAUAGGGGUAGUUUUGCAACAGUGCAUGAAACGAAUCUUAUUUUAUUCAUUGACUGUAGGAUAUCAGUUGGAAGUUCAGAUGCUAAUGUUAUGGGUACCUGCCUUAUGUGUCAAUGUUCGUUUGAUGAUUACACUUCUCGCUGCCGGUGUACUUAUUGCAGAAUGCUUGUUUUGGUGUGCCGUAGUUGCGAGAGUGAAUCUACCGUGUAUGUUUGUGAGCUAUGUCAGAAACAGGGCAAGGCCGAGUCAGCACAGCUAAUUGAAAUUGGAGAAUCAAAAACAUCAUUGUCGGGUGCCGAGUUCAACAACUUUUGUUCAGAUUUGCCUCGAGUGCCCAGGGGAGAUGAUCCAAGGACCUCAAGAAAACUGAGAAUCUUGUGCUUACAUGGGUUUCGGCAGAAUGCAUCCAGUUUCAAAGGCAGAACAGCAUCACUAGCCAAGAAACUAAAGAAAAUCACUGAAUUUGUUUUUGUUGAUGCUCCCCAUGAAUUGCCAUUCAUUUACCAAACCCCCAUGUUUGAGUCAAAUGAAAAUUGUGCAUCAUCAUCAUUGCCAUCUAGUCCUCCACCACCAUUGGCGAAUUGCAAGAAGAAGUUUGCAUGGUUUGUGGCACCCAACUUUGAUGGAAGCAGUGGUGUUGACUGGAAGGUAGCAAAUGGCCCAUUUGAUCCACUUCAAUACCAGCAGCAAACUGCUGGAUAUGAUGUUUCACUAUCACACUUAAAGAAUAUCUUUUCCCGGGAAGGACCAUUUGAUGGAAUCUUGGGAUUUUCACAGGGAGCAGCAAUGGCUGCCUUAAUCUCAGCACUACAAGAAGAGCUGAAAGGUGAAAUGGACUUCAAAUUUGUAGUCUUGUGCUCUGGCUUUGCUCUCCGGAUGAAAGCCAUGGAGUGUGGCCCUAUCAAGUGCCCUUCUCUUCAUAUUUUUGGUAAUGAACAUGGUAAAGACAGACAGAUAGCUAACCAAACAAGCAAGGAACUUGCUUCUCUAUAUGACGGUGAUUGUUCUGCGAUAGUUGAGCAUGAUAAUGGUCAUAUAAUUCCUACUCGGUCCCCAUGUAUUGAUGAGAUCAAGGAUUUUCUUAAUGGCUUUCUGUAGGAGUUCAAACAAAAAUGAUCUCAAGUUUUUGAUACCAUUCAAAUUUACGUCGUUGUUUGAUAUCUUGUCUUUCUAUGUACGGCCACAAAAAUUUGUACAAUGCUCUAUUACUAUGCGAUUGCCUCAAUUGAACUAGCAAAAUUAGACACGUCUUUUCGUUAUAUUUCGUGAUUAUGUGAAAAGAAAAUGUUAGGCCAUCUCGAAAACAUGCAAUAGCAAUGGUUUUUCAUCAAUGAAAGGAAGAGGAAGUUUUGUUGAUUUUU